AUGGUCGACAGAGCAGUACAGACCAUCGCAGCUGUCCCAGCCAAUCGCAACAGCGUUCUCAGACAGCCCUCUGGAUUGGCUGUGCCGGAUAUGGAAGAGCCUGAAAGCCCAGAAAGGGAGACCGAUAAUGACACGGAAAUGGAACUGGACGACGGCUCCUCCUACAGUGACGGAACAGUUGAAGACGAAAUGUAUCACGACCUCUUCGAAGAGUUCCACAGUGCGCUGCUCUGA